CGAAUUUGGGGAAGAAGAAGAAAAACCCCUUUCUCACCCAAAAGCCAGAAACUUGCUUCACCCUUCUGCUCAGGCCUCCGUCGUCGUCGUCGUCGAGAUGAGGGAACGGCAACUUGAGAAGCUUCGGGGAUUGGUGCGCCACUGCCUCAGCAAGCACUUGUACUCUUCCGCCAUUUUCUUUGCUGACAAGGUCGCUGCUUUCACUAAUGAUCCUGCUGACAUUUAUAUGCAAGCCCAAGCCCUCUUCCUUGGCCGCCAUUUCCGACGCGCCUUCCAUCUUCUCAACGCCUCCAAGAUCGUCCUCCGUGACCUCCGAUUCCGCUACCUCGCUGCCAAAUGCCUCGAAGAGCUGAAAGAGUGGGAUCAAUGUCUAUUGAUGCUUGGCAGUGCUAAGGUUGAUGAAGAUGGGAAUGUUUAUGACAUGAAGGGUCCGUCUGCCAUGUACUUUAAUAAAGAUGGGGAAGACCGUGAGAUCAGUGCAAGUUCAAUUCAUCCCCUUUCUUUUAUCUGGUUUACUUUUGAUGGGUUCUGUACUUCUGUCUAACUUCUCAGCUAUUGUCUUCUGCAAUUGUCUACUUUCUGCUUGAAAAUUUUCCCAAGUUGUGUUGAUGGCAUACUAGCCCUGUAUAAGAAAUUUUGCAUUUUAAU